CCUCCCGCAGCCCCGUGACUGGCUGCAGUUUCCGUUGCGUUUCAGCUGAGCUGCCGCAGGCGGCUGUCGCCGCCGCCGCAGCCGCCGCCGGGGCGCCAGGACCAUUCCGCCUUCAGUGCCCCCGGCCUUGCGCCUUUCGCCCGCGCCUGUAGCCACCCGAGGGCACUCGGGGCAGGUGGCAUUCCGGACACCUGGGCUCACCAGGGCAUACGGGACCCCAGGAAAUGUUAUUUUUGGUUAAGUCGAAUCAUAUGUGGCUCCUAAGGUGCCUUCGAUGCGGUUGUUUUUCCAACAAUCCUUGCCGCCCCUAGUAUCUGAAUAAAGAAAGAAAAAUAAAGAUUGAUGGGAAAGUUCUCGCCAUCCUUUUGUCUUAUAGGGAAAAAAAUUGCCCAACACGAAAGCGGAGGAAUAAAAUUUUGAAUCAUUCGUACUCACAUAGUGGAAACAAAUUUAUGUAUGUGGAAACAAAUUUCUUGAAAAAUGAUUUAAGCGAUUAGUGAUUUGUUAGUGGUAUUUACUUUUUUUUUUAAAUUGAGGAAUAAGAAGGGCAGACGUUUUUAAUUUCUUAUUGGAGGACAGCUUAGUGUGGUGCAUAUUUAUUGUGCAUUUGCCUGUCAUGGUAUUUCGAUUUUUCAUUUGUGAAGUUUUAAGGCGGAGUUUCACCCCCUACCGUACUUUUUUGAUUGCACACUGUACAACUUUCUUGAUAAACUCGGAGCCCACUGUUAGCGAUGCACUGUGCUAGGUGCUUAGAAACAUUAAAAAGGUUCUUGUAAUGCAGACGGUGGCUUCGAGAAGUCUCAUGUUUAGAGGUAGGUGGGGCAAGGUGAAAUGCAGUAAAGUGAGAGGUACAGCUAAUUACUGGGAUUUCCGAGGGAAGCAAGGUUGCUAUUGGAGGAUCAGGGAGGGAAGGGCUCCUGAAGUAUUAAUAGGUGGCAUUUGGAGAAGGUUGCAGAGGGAUGGGGAGGACUUUGUUAGGUAGAGGUGGAGGUGGAAAAAGGACGUUUCAAGGGUGAAGCUUCUUCAGAAAACAGUAAGUAUUUGCAGUUUGGCAAAAGUGCAUGGUAGGGGAGUGGUGGGAAUUUAGGCUAGAAAAGUUGAUUGCAGAAGAGCUUGCUUGCCAGGGUCUUAUAUUCAAUGGGGGAGGCAGCUGGGGUGCCCUCAACUAGAAGAGUGAUGGCACACCUGAGCUGCGCCUUGUUAUUUACUUAUUUAUUUUUUAUUUUGAGACAGGUUCUUGCUAUAUUGGGCUCAAGCUGUUUUCCAGCCUCCCACUGCCGUCUGGCCCCUGAGCUGUGCUUCACGCUGGGAAAGACAUAGAAGAACUAUUCAGAAGAUAGAAUUGUUUUGCUGCGCAGUACAGCAACAGUGGAUGUUCGAGAUUUAAGAUUAGAGUCAAGUUGUGUGAUUAAGACAGGAGCUGUGACUGAUGAGAAUUAAAGGCCAUGGAUGAAGAUGGGCUUGAAUUACAACCACAAGAGCCAAACUCAUUUUUUGAUGCAACAGGCUGGAGCACAGUGGCGCCAUCUUGGCCCACUGCAACCUCUGCCUCCCAGGCUCAAGUGAUCUUCUGGUCAGCUUCCCGAGUAACUAGGGCUACAGGAGCUGAUGGUACACACAUGGAUGGUGAUCAAAUUGUUGUGGAAGUACAAGAAACUGUUUUUGUUUCAGAUGUUGUGGAUUCAGACAUAACUGUGCAUAACUUUGUUCCUGAUGACCCAGAUUCGGUUGUAAUCCAAGAUGUUAUUGAGGACGUUGUUAUAGAAGAUGUUCAGUGCCCAGAUAUCAUGGAAGAAGCAGAUGUAUCUGAAACAGUCAUCAUUCCUGAGCAAGUGCUGGACUCAGAUGUAACUGAAGAAGUUUCUUUAGCACAUUGCACCGUCCCAGAUGAUGUUUUAGCUUCUGACAUUACUUCAGCCUCAAUGUCUAUGCCAGAACACGUCUUGACGAGUGAAUCUAUACAUGUGUCUGAUGUUGGACAUGUUGGACAUGUUGAACAUGUGGUUCAUGAUAGUGUAGUAGAAGCAGAAAUUGUCACGGAUCCUCUGACCACCGACGUAGUUUCAGAAGAAGUAUUGGUAGCAGACUGUGCCUCUGAAGCAGUCAUAGAUGCCAAUGGGAUCCCUGUGGACCAGCAAGAUGAUGACAAAGGCAACUGCGAGGACUACCUUAUGAUUUCCUUGGAUGAUGCUGGCAAAAUAGAACACGACGGUUCUUCUGGAAUGACCAUGGACACAGAGUCGGAAAUUGAUCCUUGUAAAGUGGAUGGCUCUUGCCCUGAGGUCAUCAAGGUGUACAUUUUUAAAGCUGACCCUGGAGAAGAUGACUUAGGUGGAACUGUAGACAUUGUGGAGAGUGAGCCUGAGAAUGAUCAUGGAGUUGAACUGCUUGAUCAGAACAGCAGUAUUCGUGUUCCCAGGGAAAAGAUGGUUUAUAUGACUGUCAAUGACUCUCAGCCAGAAGAUGAAGAUUUAAAUGUUGCUGAAAUCGCUGAUGAAGUUUAUAUGGAAGUGAUCGUAGGAGAGGAGGAUGCUGCUGCGGCUGCUGCAGCCGCCGCCGCUGUGCAUGAGCAGCAAAUGGAUGACAAUGAAAUCAAAACCUUCAUGCCGAUCGCAUGGGCAGCAGCUUAUGCAAUAAUUAUUGGCCCUGAUGGACAUCCUUUGACUGUCUAUCCUUGCAUGAUUUGUGGGAAGAAGUUUAAGUCGAGAGGUUUUUUGAAAAGGCACAUGAAAAACCAUCCUGAACACCUUGCCAAGAAGAAGUACCGCUGUACUGACUGUGAUUACACUACCAACAAGAAGAUAAGUUUACACAACCACCUGGAGAGCCACAAGCUAACCAGCAAGGCAGAGAAGGCCAUUGAAUGCGACGAGUGUGGGAAGCAUUUCUCUCACGCAGGGGCUUUGUUUACUCACAAAAUGGUGCAUAAGGAAAAAGGAGCCAACAAAAUGCACAAGUGUAAAUUCUGUGAAUACGAGACAGCUGAACAAGGGCUAUUGAAUCGCCACCUCUUGGCGGUCCACAGCAAGAACUUUCCUCAUAUUUGUGUGGAGUGUGGUAAGGGUUUUCGUCACCCAUCAGAGCUCAAAAAGCACAUGAGAAUCCAUACUGGGGAGAAGCCGUACCAAUGCCAGUACUGCGAAUAUAGGUCUGCAGACUCUUCUAACUUGAAAACGCAUGUAAAAACUAAGCAUAGUAAAGAGAUGCCAUUCAAGUGUGACAUUUGUCUUCUGACUUUCUCGGAUACCAAAGAGGUGCAGCAACAUGCUCUUAUCCACCAAGAAAGCAAAACACACCAGUGUUUGCAUUGUGACCACAAGAGUUCGAACUCGAGUGAUUUGAAACGACACAUAAUUUCAGUUCACACGAAAGACUACCCCCAUAAGUGUGACAUGUGUGAUAAAGGCUUUCACAGGCCUUCAGAACUCAAGAAACAUGUGGCUGCCCACAAGGGCAAAAAAAUGCACCAGUGUAGACAUUGUGACUUUAAGAUUGCAGAUCCUUUUGUUCUAAGUCGCCAUAUUCUCUCAGUUCACACAAAGGAUCUUCCGUUUAGGUGUAAGAGAUGUAGAAAGGGAUUCAGGCAACAGAAUGAGCUUAAAAAGCAUAUGAAGACACACAGUGGCAGGAAAGUGUAUCAGUGUGAGUACUGUGAGUAUAGCACUACAGAUGCCUCAGGCUUUAAACGACAUGUUAUUUCCAUUCACACGAAAGACUAUCCUCACCGGUGUGAGUACUGCAAGAAAGGCUUCCGAAGACCUUCAGAAAAGAACCAGCACAUAAUGCGACAUCAUAAAGAAGUUGGCCUGCCCUAACGAUACUUGUGCAGACGUUUGUAGAGAUAUUGGCCUUGAAGCAGAAAAUUCAUUUUAAAGCCAAUCAAUCUCAUUCACAUACAAUACUGUAUAUUGAUUUAUGCUGUGUACAAAUAGAUUUACUGCUUCUAGUUGACUUUUUUUAAUAUACAUUUUGUUCAGUAGUGUGUUCUGAAUUCUAUUCAGUUUGUUUAAUAAAUGGGGAAAACUGGCAACGUGCUAGUUACUUUUAAUAAAGUAAUCCCUGAUUCUAUACUGAAUUUUUAUAUCUUAGAAGUUUUAUAUUUAUUUAAAUAUUUACCUUGCUUACCUUGAUGGUACUCUUCUAAGACCAUUAACUUAAGGUAACUUUACAUUGGUAACUCUGAAAGUAUUCAUGUUGACUCAUUAUUUUUCCCCAUGCAUUUCUCACAAUAAAAUCGUCAGAGACAUCUACUAAUAUAAAUGGGAGAUUUUACAGUCAGGUCUAAUUAUCAUAAGAUGGAAGUCAUUUACUUGUCUUGGUUAAUAUUUUCAGACCACUUGACAGCGAAAGUUGCCAUUUGAGCUUUUGUGUCCCUGGCUUUGCUGAGUAAAGAACAGUGGCUGGGUUCGUGUUUACUUUUCAUUUUGUUUAGCAGAUAAAAUAAUACUUCUUUUGGCUUUCUUUGGAUUAUUUACAUCUUUUGUCAGCAUAGCAAACUUAGAAAACCUUAUUGAAAAAUUUUCCUUGAUCCUGUUGUAUUUUGAUUAUUCUGUCUGUGCGGCUUCGUCUUGGAAUGGUUGUGUGCUACAAAUGACACGUACUGAGGACUGCAGUUCGGAAUCUCCUAGAGGUAACUUGUGGCUUAUAGGAUCUUUUGCAACUUUAUAUAUGUAAAUGUACCCUGAAUUAUAUAUAUACACAUAUAUAUCAUGUACCUGUGUGUAUUGCUUACUUUACAUAUUUAUACACACGACCCCAAGUAGUAGUUGUUUAAAAUCUGUAAUUAAAAAUAUUAAAUUUACAGUAACAUGAAAGAUCCAGGGAUGCAUGAGAGAGCAUUUUGUAAGUCAUGCUCUUCAGAGAGACUACUCAGGUGAAGAAUUAGAAGGAAAAUAAGGACACUAGUAUUUUUAAAGAGUAAAGGUAUUUUCUUUUAAAUAUCUUUGGUAAUUGAAAAAUAGAGGUUAAGAUGUUUCUAGGUAUAAUGUUUUCAUACAGUUUCAGCUCCAUGUCUUUAUAUAUUUUUGAAAAGCAAAUGAGUAUCCAGACAUGACUCCCACAGUUCUCUUUGAGAAGCCUGAGAGGGAACUCUAUCUUAUUUAGUGAGGGGGAUGGAAAAGCAGCGAUAGCUCUGUGGACCAGAGAACAGGUGCUAAUUAUGACUUCACACUUGGCAAGUUCAGCCUGAUGUGUUAUUUCUUAGACAGUUACAGUUAGCAAACUUUAAAAACUUAACACUCAAGUUGGCUUUGAUUAAAAGGUAAAGAUGUGUUUUAAGUGGAUAAGGAAAGUCUGAGGCCUUAUUUGGAACAUCACUAAGUCUUCCACAGUUUUUUUGAGAGUUGGCAUUUUUUAACAGUUCUGAAUCAGUGUCAUACAUUCAUAAAACGAAUUCUGUUGAUUAGAACUUGGUUGUGCUAAGACGAAUCUUGGAGAACAGAAAACAGUUUUUGGGGUCCCUUCAAUUGGCUAUUGGUUUAUAUGCAUCUAGCACAUUGAAGGAGAACUAGAAAUUGUCUUCCCACUCAGUAGCUGCCUUGCCACCUCAUUAUGGUGCUCCAUCCCCUUUGUGCUUAGGUUUUUACCUUUCAUCUUUCUCUUUACCAUUGAUGUUUGUAUUCAAGAGUUAUAUUUUUAGGGUUAGAAAUCAAAAUAUUUGGUGUUUGGCAAGCCUCUGAAGUGCUAGACUGACUUAGUCUAGUUUUAAAUCAAGUGCUUUAGGCAGGUGUGAACUCUAGCCUAAAUGCCCGUCAAAGUCAAGGCAUGGGUUUUCCUAGCCUAUCUCAUAGCAAAUUCCUGUACCUUCUUGGCCCACAUAAUGUGCUGGUUUUUUUUUUUUUUUUUUUUUUAACGAACUUAAAAUUAUAUGAUUUGUAAUUCAUUGCCCUGCGAUUCUUGAAAGCUCUGUCUGUUUUUUUGUGAGAACUUUUAAAAUCUCCCUUGAUUUUUAUUUUUCCCAGAAGUAAUGUAAAAACACUUAAAUGAAAGUGGAAGUGUAUUAAUUUUAAAUCCUAUAAAAUUAAUACAGAAAAUAUAAAUGAUUGGGUCAUUUAACUAUAUUUUUUUAAAUAAACUGAAAGAUAAAGAACACAACACUUUACACAUUUUAUAUUUCUCUUACAUAGUCUGGAAUCAUACACAGUUCUUUUCUUUUUAAAGCACAAUAUUAAAACCUUUAAAAGGUAUUUAAGGGUCUGGUCAAGUGAAUAUGAUAAAACGUAUUUGUCUGUAUAAAGAGAAAAUGAAAUUGUAGUCACUGUUAUGUACUGACAUUAGUUACAACCUAGUUUUAAUUCUUAAAACAAUUUUGAUUAGCAAAGCUAAAAAGACAAGGAUGCUUCAGUUAAAAUGUUUUAAAGAGGUACAGAUUUUUACAAGGACAUAAUAUAAGUUAUUGUUCUGUAGAAAUAUCCUAUUAAAUAUUGUAUGUCCCUCCCUCUGUAUACUUUGUAAAAAAAGUAAAAUACAUAAAAAGAAAA